UCAGGCACGGCAGCAGUAAAAAAAAACAAGCGUCAAGCAUUUAAAUUUGGUUUGCGUUUGAUUAGGUUUCGGUCUUAGGUUUGGAUUGUGUCGCGCCAUUGUGAGCUUAUAAAUCAAAACAUCUACCUUCUCAUCUUAAUAAAAAUAUGGCAGACUCCACUGUCACGGAUGUAAGUAAAAUGAAGGUAGUCGAAUUAAGGAAGGAAUUGAAGUCGCGUGGACUGUCAUACGCAGGAGAUAAAGCAGAAUUAGUAGCAAGACUCCAAGCGGCAAUGACCCAGGACGACCAUGGAGAUAUUAAUCUAGAUUGGGAUCUAGAUUCUGAUGGCGCAUUGGAAGAUGAGGAUGAAAAAAGUCAAACAGAUAUUCUUGAUGACCCAGUCACUGAUAUUGUAUCAACUGAAGAACUAGCAUUAGCUGAACAUUCGUCACCUUCAAAACCAAUUGAAGAAUCAAAGCCUCAACGUGGUUUGAAAAGAAAAAUUACAAUGUCUGAUAAAGGCAAAUCCGACGAGAAACCCGCAGAGAACAAAGAAGUUGGAACCAAAAAAAUUGUUUUGAAUAGAUCUACCUCUGUGACUUCCACUGUUCAGCAACCUGUUGCUGAAAAAGCUCAAGAAGAUACUGAGAAAACCACUACCACUGAGUGUAACAAAGUUAAAAUAACUGCCGACAUAGAUCCCAAGACAAGGUUAGAGUUAAGAGCAAAACGAUUUGGUCUCCCUGUCAAGAUGUCAGAUGCAGAGCGAAAAGAAGCCAGGAAGCAGAGGUUUGGACAGGGCACUGUUAGUGCCAUAAGCAUGUCUGGUGACACGGGAACACUUUCUGAAAACCUUGAAAAGUUAAAGAAAAGAGCAGAUCGCUUUGGGCAAUCUGUUUCAAAAAUAAUGACUGAUAUUGAAAAUAAGGAGAGGAUUGAAAAAAGGAAAGCCAAGUUUGGAUCUGUCAAGUAAAUACCAUUUUUUUCUUUUUGAAUCUUGUAAAUACUGAUUCCACUUACAGUGUCACUUCUAGAAUGUAAGAAAUUUUUAAAUUAACAUUAAUGUUUAAGAAAUAAAAAUGACAUGAAAUA